GUUAAAUAAAAAAAGAAGAAGAAAUGGACUUUUGACUUUGACAAACUUUCAUUUCGCAUUGUUUGUAUGGUGAUUAUGUGCAUAUAAAUUUUUUUGAAGUUCAUUGGAUUUAAGACUUUAUUUACACGAAACAUGGCUCUCAAAGUUACGUCAACUCUUCUACGCAGCAUGAGCGUACCUGCAAGGCUUUCUGUUGCCUGUUACCACAAAAACGUUAUAGAACAUUACGAGAACCCCAGAAAUGUUGGAUCUUUGGACAAGAACGAUAAAAACGUUGGAACCGGCUUAGUUGGAGCACCCGCUUGUGGUGACGUAAUGAAACUGCAGAUUAAAGUUGACGACAAUGGCAAAAUCGUUGAAGCGAAAUUCAAAACAUUUGGUUGUGGUUCUGCUAUAGCUAGCAGUUCAUAUACAACAGAAUGGGUGAAAGGCAAAACUGUAGACCAGGCGCUUAAAUUAAGAAAUACUGACAUCGCAAAGGAGCUGUCCUUGCCUCCAGUGAAGUUACAUUGUUCUAUGUUGGCAGAAGAUGCCAUUAAGGCUGCUUUAUCAGACUACAAGAUUAAAAAUCAGAAGAAGGAAGCUUAAGGGGACAGAACUGGAAACAAUGUGAUAAGUUGGUACUAGUUAUAUUAUUAUGUAAAUAGUUUUAAAUGAAAUAAAUACUCUCAACAAUAAAAAA